GGUUUGCAUUGAAAGAUGGCCAGCUUGGAAGAACUGAUCUCAAGAUGUCGGGAGUGAUUUCAUCUGUGUAGUUGCAGUGAUUGCAUCUGAUCUGAAAUGGCUGCUUCAGGCAGCAGUCUUUCACAGUUUCCCAGUGUCCACCAUCACCUGAAGGUGGAACACCAUGAGAGGGACCGAGAUUCACCAUCAAGUGUCAUGACAAACAGCUUCAUGCACAGUUCCAACUGCAUGGCGGACACCCCUUCCUCUGCUUUGGUAGAACCGGACCCACACUCCCUCCUCAGUUCCUCCCUGACGGUUCCUCAGUCAAGCCUAACGGUCAGUGACCACGAGUCAACCAUUGAUUCCCUGAAUGACGAUGGAAGCGACCUGCACGGCGAUGACUUCUCCAGUCAGCUUGGAUGCGGGGACGAGUCGGACACCUUGGACGCCCUGUCCAGUCUGGCCCUCCAACAAUCAAGUCUCUUCUUGGUGAACCUUCCGACCAGGGCUCAGGCACCUCUUGGAUCGUUGGGCGGGGCCACCACGUCAUUCAUGCCCCUCCUGGUGAUAGGAGGGGGCAUGCAGAAGGGCGGAGAAGGGGCACAGUUUCUGAGGUUGCGGGAUAUCGCCCACGCUAACUUGAUCUGUGCAACCCAAGAGAGUAUUGCUAGGACCUACAAUGCACCAACUCCAAAGCAAGUUGAAAAACGAGAGCACAAAUGUGAGCAAUGUGGCAGGAUCUUCAAGUCAUCCAGUCACUUCCGUUACCACAUGGAAACCCACAAGGGCAACAAGUUGCUCAAGUGCCCUGUCAAUGGCUGUAAUAGAAGCUUCUCCUGGCCUGCUAACCUCAAAUACCAUGUUAGGACACAUGCCAAUGACCGUCCCUACCCAUGUCCCAGCAAGGGUUGUGGAAAGACAUUCUUUACAGUCCAGGCUCUAAAUGUCCACAGUAGAAUUCACACUGGUACCAAACCUUUCAAAUGCACCCAUGAUGGCUGUGAUAAGAGCUUCACCACGCAAGGAAACCUCAAGAAUCAUUUCAGGACUCAUACUGGUGAGCGGCCAUUUAAUUGUGACUUUGAUGGAUGUACUCAGAAGUUUGCAGAGAUGUCUAGUUUAAAGAAGCAUAAACUUACACAUACAGGUGAAAAACCGUACAAGUGUGAGAUUUGUGGACGCCUCUUCUCCCAGAGCGCUAGUCGGAAUACUCAUAAACGACGCCACCAUAGCUCAUUGACAGACAGCAAAAUCUCACCUGUCUUGGAUGGUGAUAGUGAUGUAGCCAGUGAAAAGCUGGUGUCUAAGGGGCGUGGCAGUAGCCACACCAAUAAGAAGUCUCGAUUUACGAUAGAACGCCUAAAGAGAGAAACGGCAAAGAGUCCAAUUUGUGAAUCUAUAACUGGGUUAAGUUCCAGUGAAAUCCCAUCUGUAGCAGCUCCCUGCAGCAGUAUUGAUCAAGAACCUGAUGACAUCUCACUUCCACACUCACUCCUACCAGGACUUGGUCAGGACGAAUCCUCUGUAGCAAGCUCAUUGGAGAAGGCUGAUUUGCAGGACGAAUCAUCUUCGGAGUUUGUUCUUUCUCAUCAGCACUCAAUCCAUAGCAUGGUUAGUGGAUCGCAUCACAGUCAUGACAUCCAAGAGAGUACGGAAAGUAGCCAUCAUCAUCAUCAUCAUCAUCAUCAUCAUGGGCAUCUACAUCACCAUGCCAACCGUCUACAUGAUCAUCAAGAAGUAUCAUCGGCAAGCGGGAUGGUUUACAAUCCCGCUGCCAGCCAGUCACUGCUACAGUCAAACCUUGAUGAGGCGGGCCCUCACCUAAUGGGUGUGGCUGACGAAUCCAACGUGAUGGGCGUCACCAGCAACCAUGUGAUGUCAGUAGCCGACAUGGGUGUGUCUGGUAGCCAUUUGAUUGAUGUUUCUGACAGCCAUGUCAUGGGUGUAACUGACAGUCAUGAUGUGAUUGGGGUAUCAGAUGGUCAUGUGAUUGGCGUGUCAGAUGGUCAUGUGAUUGGCGUGUCUGAUAGUCAUGUGAUGGGCGUGUCGGAUAGCCAUGUAAUGGGCGUAUCGGAUAGUCCAGUCAUGGGCGUAUCGGAUAGUCACGUUAUAGGUGUUUCAGAUAGUCACGUUAUAGGUGUAUCAGAUAGUCAUGUCAUAGGUGUAUCGGAUAGUCAUGUGAUCGGUGUGUCCGAUAGUCAUGUGAUGGGCGUGUCUGAUAGUGAUCAUGUGAUUGGCGUCUCUGAUGAUCCACCAUCAGUAAGUGAGGGGCUACAGUAUCCUGAAGACAUAUGGGGUGGCCAAGAGCAUAUGGGUGAAAACAUUAUGGAAUGUACUUGACAUAUACCCGUAUGCAACAGUAAUUAACUUAUCAAACUCAUAGAACAGUAAAAUUUUGUAUGAAUUUUUUGUUGUUGAGUGGUAUUUAUGUUUAUUCUGAGCUGUAACCUAUAAAGUAUUAAGUAUAUAGUGAUAUUAUUUAAUUGUUUGUAAAAACUAUGAAUUUAUUUGGGAAAAAAAAUGAAUAUACUUGCCACACAAUGUCUUUACCACAACUUUAACUAUUGAAAAAUAAAAUAGAAGAUGAGUUAUUUCUUCCACAUUUUGGAUCUUGUUUUUGCUAUUAAUAGGCAUUUUGAUGCUGAUACAUUCCAAGUCACCUGACCUUUAAGCAAUUUCAUUAUAUUUUAAACCUUUUCGAUUGAGAGGCAGUUACUAUUACAAAUUCAACCCAAUAUUGUCAAGCCCCAUAAUGAAAUUAUUCCCUCAUUUAUACAACCAUACUUAACAGUAGAUUUGGUGUUUAGGAUAUCAAUUUAAAUGAUUGAUGUUUUGUGAAAUUGGACAAAACUUGGAUGCACUUAUUUUUUUUAGCCAGAUGUUAACUGUGUGUGAUGCGUUUGUAAAGUAUACAUUUUGAUAACGACUCUUCUUUUUUAAAAGGGUCAUAGAUUUUAAAAAAAGAAUAUUUUUCCCCUUGUUUAUAAAUGUCUUCUUAUUAUCCAUGUAAAUAUGGAUUUGUUUUUUUUUUCAUUUAAACUAUGUGACCACCACUAGUAUAGAACUGAUUAAAAAGUAGGUUUCUGAUGAGAUGAUUGCAUGCUACUGAAUGCAUUUUUUUAGAUAGAAUUAUCAGUGUACUAUGUAUAAAGCACAAUCAGUUUAAAUUGAUUGGGGUUGACCGAAAUUGAGGUUGAAGCUAUGUGUGCUGUGGAAGGGCUGUCUGCAUGUUGAUUUGUCUAUUUUCUGUUUGGUCCCAUGAUUCCAAUCAUGGGAUCCUAGUUCAUCGACAACCAGUACAUCUGGGUUUAAUUGCCAUUUAGCCCAUUAAUUACUCGUAUCUAAUUUCCAGUCAGGCUAUACCUAUUUCAUCUAAUAUCCAUUUGGUCUUACACCAUGUCGUAUUAUAAGGUUAGUUGAACUGUUUAUGAAUCAAGAUUCCAUUUAGCAAAGUACAAAAUAAUGAGUCGACAAGGUAGAAAUUAGCCCAAGUGUAAUGUAGACCAAAUGGCAAGUAGACCAAAGAGAUGGAUGACUUAUUUGGUUUAGCCCAUGUGGUAUUAGAGGCCGUUCUCAUUAUGCUUUCUAAAACUAGUUUACUGGAAACCGGUUCAGGAAACCAGUUUGGAAGAUCACUUUGCUAGCGUUCCCACUUGAUCACACGAAAGUGGUUUUCAAAAUCACUUCACGUAAAGCGAUCUUGUUGCUAUGGAAACGCUCUCAGUGGGAAAUUCAAAACCGCAUUCUACACCUGUCGUGUGGAGUAGCGUGCUCAAAAUGUGCGAAGAUCGCUCCCCGAAGAACGGUUGUGUCCUCACGCUAAAACCAGUUUAACGAGGCAAAAUGAUCUUGAAAACUACAUCGCGAGAUGGUUUUCUGAACCGGUUUGGAAGAUCGCUUCCAAGACUGCUUCGACCGUUCUCACUACGCGUUAUACUAGUUUCCACUAAACUAGUUUUAGGAAUGUAGUGAGAACGGUGUCUUAGACUACAAUGUAUUUGAGAAGUAGACCCGAGUGCUUUUAUACCAAGUGAAUUACAAACCAAUAAUAUUUGCAUUUUGAUAAAAAAAAAGAAACAAUGGGAAAUUUAAGGUGGGUUAAUAUCCAUGGGUUUUGUAUAUCAACUCAAGGUUGAUUUCUACUUAAUAAGCAACUUUGCUUUUGGUAAAGAGUAGGCGCUGAUGGUUCUUGGUUUUAAUGUAAAAUAUGCACUUUGAGUAAAAAGUAAUAAAACCAAAUCGUCCUAGGAUUCCACCAUCUGGUAUUGAAAACAGGUCUUGUGACAUCAACUCCAGAAUGUCAAUUUUUUUCAGUCAAUCUUAAAAAUAGAAAUCUUGAUUCUUUCAAACAAAUUUAUUAAAAACUAAAGUGUAACAGGACAACAUCCCCGCUCCCCUGUCUCCAGGGAGAGCUGCCCUAGAACCCCCCCCCCCUUGAAUCUACUUGUUGGUCAGCCAGACAUGAUUUGUUUGUACUAUGUCAAUACAAUGUUUUUUGUUUUUUUUUCAUGUUUAUAUCCUCUUUGCAUUUUGCUCACCUUGCCAUAUUUAUUUUGUUCAAUACAACUUUCUGUGUAUAUAAACACAGUUGUAAUCAUAUAAAAAUCAGGUUUAUUUGAUUAUUUCUAUUUAUGUUUUCUCAUCUUGUUUUUCUGCUGAAUUACAUACUGUACCUUAUGUGUUAGUGACUUGAUUCAUAGCUAUAUCUGAAUUUUCUAGAAGUAAAGACCUAUACUUCAGGUUUCCAUCAUUUUUUAUUGUCUUCUUGAGUUGCAAAACCAGGGCCCUGUAACACAGACGCUAUAAUUGAUUGUAAUUGUACAUCUAUGGCAAACUAUGUACUGAAAAUGAUAAUUGAUUAUGAAUAUCGAUUGCAUCUUUUUUAUGUUACAGGGUUCCGCACUUCAUUUCUUGUUGAUUGGUCUGCAUUGAAAUGUAAAAUGCAUUUGUUGGCAACUAUUAAUAUUUCAUGCUGUCUUCAAUGGUCAUCAUUUAUUGGCAGUGCAGUAGCAUAGUAAAUAUUGACCUCAAACGAAUAUGUAAAUUAUCUUAAUUUGUAUUUUUGCUACCUGGUGAAUGACUGAUAUUUGGUUUAAAAAAAAAGAAGAGAAGAAUCUAACAAAUCAAGAAUGAUAAUAAAGGAAACAUUUUACUGUUUUUCCUCUCCUUGUGGAUAGCAUUAGUUAUGCAUUUCAACUACAUUAUCUCUAGAAAUGGCAGCAGAAUAUGUCUAAGCAGGGAAGUGAGAGGUUUUUGUGAGAUUUUGUAGUGUAGUUUAUGCAUGCAGGAGUCUCUGCAUAAGUCGGCCUUUAAGUCGAAUGCUCACCAUUAUUUCAGACCAGAUUAUAUGAUGGUGGUCCCCAAGUCUGCGCACCUAACGAUUUGAGUUAAGAUUUAACAUGAAUUUCUUUUUAUUUCACAAAAUCUUUCAGUUGAUAAUUUUCCUUAUAUUAUUAUGAUUAAGGGAACCAAAUAUCUCAUAAAAAUUUGAAAGAAAUAUAUGAUUUUCUUGGGAAAAACAUCGGGCAGUCAUUUUCAGAUUGAACCAAAAAAUGGUACCCCAUUUCUGCGCACCCAUUCACUUUGCACACGAUUCAGGGAUUUUGAUGAAAAAGGCUGCAUUUUGAGGCCGUCACAUGAAAUGCCCAAAUUUCAUUAUUUUUCCACCAUUUUUAGUCAGAUU